AUGCAACUCACUAUCCCCCUCCUCUUGGCCGGCAUGGCCACCGCCCUUCCCUCCGCUGCCAAAGUCAACACAAUCAGCGAUGAGGUGAUCUGGAAGGUCUCAAACCUCACAAUCGGCUGCUCCCAAGGUGGCUGCAUCUUCGACUACGACAUUGCUGGCCGCGCCAACACCGAAACUCCUCCCUUCCGCACCCACUGCAGCGGUGCUGAGAAGACCGAAGUCGUCUGCGACAACAAGAACAUCACCACCACUGUUACCCCCGUCGGUAACCCCACCUGGAACGUCGAUGUCACCCACCGCUGGACCACCUGGUUGGAUCCCCAGUCGCUGGCCACUUGGUACCAGCAGGGCUCGAAGAACGUCUCUGUGCCUGACCACAAGCCCGUCAGUUUCCGCUUCAAGCCCACCGCUGAGUACGGUGUCGCGUAA